AUGCUCGAAAGAAUCAAGAAUGAUCCUCUGUACCAGGACCUCAACUGGCGCCUGGCGCUUAUCGGCAUUGUUUCUUCCCUCGGCGCCAUGGGCUUCGGCUUCGACAAUGGCUGGUGGGCUGGCGCCCUCGGCCUGUCCGAGUUCCAGCGCAAGUACGGUUCAUACGAUGAGAAGCUUGGACGGUAUGCUCUGCCGUCGGAAAAGACGUCAGUCGGCACGGGAACUGGCUCAGCGGGAAUCAUUCUCGGCUGCAUCAUUGCGCCGAUCGUCACAUCCAAGCUCGGACGCAAGAAGUCGUUUCUGGUCAUGUCUGCGCUGAUGAUGACUGGCGUCACUCUGGAGGCGUCCGCUGUUACAUCAUACUGGCAGCUUGUCGUUGGUCGGAUCAUUGUCUACUCUGGAAUCGGUCUGGCCUCCAACUGUGUCCCGAUGUACCUUAGCGAAACCUCGCCUGGCCGAAUUCGAGGCGCCUUCCUCGCCCUGUACAGCUUUUUCAACUCUUUCGGCGUCUUCAUGGCUUCCGUCGUGGUCUACCUGUCAAAAAACAGGACCGAUAAGUGGCAGUACCUGAUCGUCAUCAUCUGCCAACUCUUUGUUCCGGUCGGUUAUCUUACCUUCUAUGCUUUCCUUCCCGAGUCCCCCCGCUACCUUGUCUACAAGGGCCGCUUCGACGAGGCAGAAAAGGUCCUCCGCCUGUUAUCCAACCACCCCGAGCGCGUCCCGCAGGAAAUCCAGCUUCUCAAGGCGCAAGUCGAGGAGCAGCGAGAGCUUCACACCGCCUCCACCAUUGCCGACUGCUUCCGUGGAACCAACCUCCGUCGUACCAUCAUCGCAAUGAGCGUGCAGAUCCUGCAGCAAGCCCAGGGCGUAUCGUUCAUCCAGAACUUCAUCGUCACCUUCAUGCAGCAGCUCGGCUUUCCGGACGCCCUUCGCACAAACGUCAUCGUCACCGGCUGCAGCUUCGCUGUGCAUAUCAUCACCUUUGUCACGUUUGACAAGAUCGGACGACGCCGCUCGCUGUCGUGGGGAUCUAUUGGCAUGGCCGGGACGAUGCUUGGCACGGGCAUCGCGACGGCAACGGGUACGCCGCCCAACUACACCUCGACAGUCGCCAACGCUUCUGCUGCCAUGUUGAUCCUCUGGUACUGCAUCUACGGCUUCAGCUGGGGUCCCGGAUGCUGGGUCGUCGCGGCCGAGGUGGGCACCGGCCAGCUGCGCGAGCGCACGCUGUUCCUCGCCUCCAUGGGCAGCUUCGUCACGUCCGUGCCCAUCAACUUUGUCAACCCUUACGUGCAGAGGAGCCUCGGCGGCGCCGUGACCUUUAUCUAUGGCGGCUUCUCCGUCGUGGCCAUCAUCUGGGUCUGGUUCAUGAUCCCCGAGACCAAGAACCGCUCGCUGGAGGAGCUCGACGAGAUGUUUCAGGCCGACGUCAAGACCCGCCAGUUCAAGCACCACGUCUGCACCGGACUUGGCGCCCACAUCACGCAGCUGGAGGGUGAUCUCAAUGCUGAGAAGUCGGGUACGAAGCAGGUUGAGCACGAGGAAGCAUGGGUUGAGGAGAAUCAACCAGCGCAGAAGUGA